CAACUUAUUAUGACUAGAAUAUACUCCAAAUUGUUUAGUGUUCUAAAUAAUCAAAAAUUCAAUUUAAGUUGCCCAAAGUUUUCAAAUUUGGUCCAGCGAAUCGAAGCAAAUACAAAAGUAUCUAGAGCCCAUCUGACUCCUGAAAUAGCACUCAGAUUGAUAACACCUGAGUGUCGUUUAUUCCAUGAACCUGUUACAGCAGAAAGUGAUAAAGUCUUCGAAAAUGAUCCUUUUUGGGGGUUCUAUUGGCCUGGCGGACAAGCACUGAGCAGAUUCAUCCUGGACAACACUAGCCUGGUCAAAUCAAAGAAUGUCCUCGACAUUGGAAGUGGAUGUGGAGCAUCAUCAAUAGCAGCAAUGAUGUGUAAAGCUAAAUCCGUCAUAGCAAACGAUAUUGAUUCAAUUGCUUCAGUUGCUGCCCAAAUGAAUGCCACUCUCAAUGGAGUACAAAUCGAAACCAACGAACAAAAUCUAAUUGGAAAUUUAAUUAUUGAGGCGGAUAUUAUUUUAUUAGGAGAUCUAUUUUAUGAUGCCGACUUUGCAGACAUUUUGUUACCAUGGUUGGAUGAGUUGCAUGCUCGAGGGAAAUUGAUUUUCAUUGGUGAUCCCGGGAGACAUGGAUUGACUGAAAAUCGUUUGAAAUUUAUGAAGAAAAUGGCAACUUACGAAUUGACUGAGAAUUGUUGUAUCGAAAAUAAUGGCUUUAAAAAUGUUCACGUUUGGAAAUUUAGAUGAUUGGAAAAAAGAAUGUAACCUAUUUAAA